CAGACUUUUACUGUACUUGCCCAAAGCAAUCUGACUGAGUAACACAAAACCUGGGCUGCGAUCCAACGGCAGAAGUCAAAGGACCUUUUUGAGGAUUUAUAACUAACAAAAAAUAAAUUUCUUACUUAGGCUACUUAUAUAUGGUAAUGGAUGAUUAGUACGUUCAAAAAAAUAUGCCUUUUUAUAAAGAAGUUAAUUGCAUCAGUAUUUGUUCAGUAGUCAAGAAUAUACAGGGACUUGAUGUGGAUCGUGUAGAAUAGGUUAAACUUUUUACCAUUUUGAGGAAAUUGGACACCUUUCGAAAACGCGGAUCUUACAUAAAAUUUGUUUGCGGGAGCCAAAUGUUUGCAAUUUUCUAGCCUAGGCAGCUGAAAACUUCGAAAAGCAAACUCGAGCGGUUGCAGACUUCAUUUUGUUCCAGACUUUUCCCCCCAGAAAGACGUUGUAAUUGGGGAUGUUGAGUUCAGUGAAGAUGGAGUCUCAUGAAAUUCCCGAAUGGAACGCUUUCUACAGUGAAGCGAGCGAAAUGUACCCCUCACCAACAAUGAGCUCCACCCUGAGUGCCAUGAAUAGCAUCAACGGCUAUAUCAAUCUGAACCCUGGUGGUUCAGCUGCAAUGAAUAUGGGCUACUCCAGUGGGGCUCUGAGCGGCAGCCCCCUGACCUCCAUGAGCGGGAACGGCAACCACAUGAGCGUCUCGCCCAUUACCACGUCCCUCAACCCCGGCUCUCUCACCCAGCUGGGCUCCCCAACUCCCUCCCUCGGCGCCCUCCCCCACUACCAGAACAUGGGCCAGCCCAUGGCCCAGCUGGGCUACCCAUCCCCCACCUCACUCAACCGGGCCAAAGAGAUGCCCAAGCCAUACCGCCGGUCCCUCACCCAUGCCAAGCCACCCUACUCCUACAUCUCGCUCAUCACCAUGGCCAUCCAGCAAUCCGGCAGCAAGAUGCUCACGCUCAACGAGAUCUACCAGUGGAUUAUGGACCUGUUCCCCUACUACAGGGAGAACCAGCAGCGCUGGCAGAACUCCAUCCGGCACUCGCUGUCCUUCAACGACUGCUUCGUCAAGGUGGCACGCUCCCCGGACAAGCCGGGCAAGGGCUCGUACUGGGCCCUGCAUCCCAACUCGGGCAACAUGUUCGAGAACGGCUGCUACCUGCGCCGGCAGAAGCGCUUCAAGAUCGAGGACAAGUCUGGUAAGAAGGGGUCAGGGAAGUCCCAGGAGGGCGGCAGCAAGGCGGGCCUGCAGGAGAGCCUGCAGGAGGAGCACAGCCCCGCGCCGGGCUCCGAGGGGCCGGACUCGGCCCACUCCGACAGCUCCCACCCCGGCUCUGCCUCCGAGGAGCAGCAGCCCAGGAGCCUGGCCCAGCUGGACUGCCCCCAGCCCCUCGUCCAGAGCUCCACGUCCAUCUCCUCGGCCCAGUCCUCCGCCACCUCCUCCUCCGUCCACCACCUCCAUUCUCAGGCUGCCGGGGGUGGGCACCUCCUCCCCGGUGCCAUGCACCACCUGGACCUCCAGCAUGACCCCCUCAAGUCCAUGGAUCCGCACUACAACUUCAACCACCCCUUCUCCAUCACCAAUCUGAUGUCCAAUGAGCAGAAGAUGGACCUCAAGUCCUACCAGGACCAGGUGAUGGCCUACAACGGCUAUGCCACCGGCUCACCGGUGGCCGCCAAGCAGAUCUACGACAGCCCCGGGCCGUCCUCCCUGGACUCGGGGGCCUACUACCAAACCCUCUACAGCAGGUCAGUUCUGAAUGCCUCGUAACCUCACUGACCUCUGACCCCAGAGUCCAUUGGUGCUGUCAGGGCCCUAAUCAGCAAAAGAAUCCAAAGAGUGCAAUGGAAAUAUAGUGUCUAUUCCCUCAACUGAGACUACUGGUAAACAGAAAGGGAAGAGUACCAACCCAAAUCCCCCCCCUGGAAACAUUGCAUUUGUAUAUUUUGCGAGGGGUGGGGGCCUGCAGACCAUUACACCCCAUAUUAAAACUGAGAGGUGCAAAAUGAAUCCCGAGGUAUCCCCAAGACCCCUCAUCAUGGAAGAAGCUGGACAAAAUCCAAACAUGGAGGGCUCGUCCUUGUACACUGUCUGUGUUGCGUGUAGUUGUUACUGGACCGUAAGCUGGGAGCUGGUUUACUCAACAGGAAGGACGGGGGAGGGAACGUGCGGCUGAAUGUUCAGCAGUGAAUCAGCUCUCUGUCAGAGUGGAAUCAAACCUGAUAGAGUGCAUAUUAUCCUUACCUGACUCUGUGAGAGUUGAUUUAGCAUUGAGCAUUUAGCCUUGUGGAGGGAUCUUCUCAGGCUUGUACAAAACUGUAAAUAUUCUCAGUAAGGAGCUUCAUUUAUUUAUAAAGGGAAGAAAUUAAUAUAUCUUGUACAGUGCUGUGUUGUAGAGUUUUUAAAAAUGUGAAAAGGAAUAAAAAAAAAUAAUAAUCUGAGAUUGUGUAAAACUGAAGUGGUUCGGGUUACUGUUUUGAGCAGUAGUUACUGCAUUACAGGGAGUUUGUGAUUGUGUUACAUCAUGGUGGUACAUUCCAUUUUCAAAAAAGAGCAUGCUGUGUUUUCAAGAUGCAUUCAUAAAUGUGUGUGUAUGUAUAUGUGUGUGACUGUAUGUGUGUAACAGGCCAUGUGGGCAGUGUCAGAACACUGCAAGAAAAGUUUUAAGGAUUUAUGCUUCUCCUUGCUUCCAUUUUGAGCAGUGAAUGUAUUUCUGGUUGAAAGAUUUUAUGAUAUAGAAAGCACAAAGAAAAGGACAUGUGGGAAGGUGAAUCUGAGAUAUGGACCUGUUUGGAGAAACUGCAUAUGGAUGUGAAAGCGAACAGAGAUUGGUCAAAUGUUUUGUUUUUUUUUUGGGUUUUUUUUUAAUACAUGAUUUUUUAAAAACUGUGGUAAAGCUAUCUUUCUGAAGACAAUUUAACUAUUAAGGGCCAGAGACAUGUUACUCAGGUUUUUUAAAUAACUAAGUGGGAAUUUGAAUCAUCUUCGUUUGAUUUGAAGAGUGUCAGUUAUACAGUUACAAAGACAGAGUCAGAAUGAAAAAGCUCAGUGGGAACCAUUUACUUUGCACUAGUGUUCCAACCAAUUUGCACAGGACUGGUCACGACACAUUGCUUUACAACAAUACCUUCCAACUACCUUAUUUCAAGUCUUAGCUAAAACCAUAAUUCACUUGAUCUCCAUGGAGAUUUAGAAGUGAUAUGUAGUUCUUUUUCUUUUUUUAUCAAACAAAAAAAUUGGCUGGUCUUUAAAGAUAUGGGACUCAGUUGAAUUGACAAAAAGGCAAGGUUUCAGGAGAAAAUAACAAGGACUACAGUUUCAGGUCACUCAAUGUUGUAUUUUAGUUUCAGGGGCAAAAUAAUGUUUAUUUAAAGUGUUUUGCUUUUCAAACAUGGAAGAAAGGUGUGUUAAUAUAUCUACAUUUCUUGGUUGUUUUACUGUUUGGAUAUUGUGGUUGAUGUUCUACUUUUAUGUUUUUUUCUUAUUAAAAAAAAACAAAACUAUUGGGAAAA